AUGUCUGAAAUUCGUCCUCAAUUCUUCCUCGUUCGCGAGAAUGACGCCAUCGUCCCUCUCAUCGCCCUUGAUGAGCUCCCCGCUAACAUCACCAUCCCUGGCGUCUCUCGCAACUUGGGUAUGGCCGACACUGGAGGCAUGACCAGCGUUGGAAAGAUCUCUAGUCGCGGUGCCGUCUACGUCGUCAACGGUGUCUCCGAGGGCAAUGACGAUCGCUUCCCACCUUCCAAUGGCAAGGGCAAAGGCCGCUUCGGUGACAAGAAGCAAACUGGCGUUCCCGUCGAUGGCAACGGUCGAAAAAUUUACUGUUCCUUCUGGCUUCGUCACGGCGAGUGCAUGUUCGAGCAGCAAGGAUGUCAGUACAAGCACAUUAUGCCCCAGGACCUUGACACCAUCCGUCGUUGUGGCUUKCAUGACAUUCCAGCUUGGUAUCAGAAGGCGUAUGGCGUGUCUGGUCUACUUCGUCCAACUGGAGUCAACCAGAACAACUGGCGUAAGCCUCGUGGUGCCUGGAAAGCCCCCGAGCACAAUGACGAGACUAUUAACGGCAAUGGAAAUGGCGCUCCUGCUCACCGAAAGGACAACCGCAUCACGGCUACCCCUGAGAGUUCCAACAAAACUGAUGGCCCUGUGUCUGGAGUACGCGAUGAUGCAGCAGAGGCAUCUAAUGGAGCUAACCUCGCUACCGACAAGGGAAAGCAGCCCGUCGUCGCUACUACCGCUACCACGAAGAAGGGCGGUGCGAACCCGGUUACCCCUACCCACGGUAACCGUAUCGUUGAUUUUGAACGCAUUGGUUCUGCAUCAUUUGGAUACAAGUAUGAUGCUCCCGCACCCCAAACUCCGACUGAGCGCCUCCCCAUGCGUGCUCGCCGUCUGUUUGAAGCUAGAGGUCCUAACAAUGACUAUAGUACGUCUCCCGAUUUCUCUACCCCCUCAAUGACCCUUACAGGAAACUCAUUUUCUUCCUUCAGCUCCUUGGGAGGAACCCCGCGGUCGACUUCAGAAGAAACAGUGAAGGUCGCUGCCCGGGUCAACAACAAGCCCAUUGCUGUCAUUGACGGGGAUAUCGAAGAUGCCGACGACACUUUGGACAACUUGAACGACGAGCUUGCAAAGUUUACCGCCAACGAACCUCCUUACCGCAGCAUCAGUGAAUUGCUUCCUACUUCUCUUCCUGAGGAUCGUUUCGGAAACUUGAUCUUGAUCUGA